AUGGAGAGUAACAUUACAGAUGAAGCGCUCUGCUCUGAUCCACGAUUGAGCAAAUACUUAGAGUUUUUCGAGACGUUGAAGACUUUGAAUAGCUUAAUCGAUGACAUUGGUGAAUUAAAAGCCAAUGCAACAUCAAAAUCAAGUUCAUUAUCACUUUUGGAUAAAAAGGCAUUUGAAUUGACUUAUCAAAUUUUCAACAACAAAUAUGGUGUUUAUAUUUCUCAUUUGGUAUUGGUCAUUAUUGUAUUAGCCAUUAUAAUAGCCGCUGCAAAUGCUACUUUGACUAGACCUAAAAAUGCACCAAAAUUGGAUAAAUCACAUCCAAAUUAUUCCAAACUUGUUACUUCAUCAACUAAUUCAACAGAUAGUUCAUAUGAACCUAUAAUUGAUGAAAUUUUUGCGUUGUCAAUACCAUUUUUAGCCGCAACUUCAUUAUUAACAAUCCAUUAUGGUAUAAAUAAUUUUGAAAAAUCAGAUAUAUCAUGGUUUUUCAAUAAAUAUACACGAAUUUUCAGUAUUUUUGCUAUUUAUGAUUUCUACCAAUUUUGGAUUACAAAUUUCUGUUUACAAAUUAUGAUUCAAAGCCAUGGAAAUCAUAAACUUAUGGAUUAUAUACCAAGAUUUAAACUUACUUUAAGUCAAGAUAAUAAUGUUUUGAAAAAUUCAGAAAUUGAAGCAAAUCCUUUAUAUAAAACAUCUAAAUCUAAAGCUGGACCAUUUUUACCAUCACUUGAUGAAAAUUUUGAACCUCCUAUUGAAGUUGAAUCAAAAGAUCAAAUUGUCAAUAUUUAUAUAUCAUUCAUGGAUAUAUUGGUUUUAAUAGCAACUUUCAUAAUGUGGUUCAAUUAUUAUUCGAUAUCAAAAUCUGAAAUUCCAACUCACAUUGAUUGGAUUUAUGAAAAUUUUGUUGCAUUUUGUUUUGCAUUUACUGGUAUUAAAAAACUUCAAUUAUCUUCAUUUAAAGCUGGAUUUAUUAUGUUAUCUGGAUUGUUUUUUUAUGAUAUUUAUUUUGUUUUCGGAUCUGAUAUAAUGGUUUCUGUUGCUAAAAAUAUUGAUAUUCCAAUUAUGAUUAAAUUACCAUCUGGAAAAAAUUAUACUGAAAAUUUAAUUGACCUUACAACUGAUUAUAUUGUUCCUAAAUUACCAUUCUCAAUGUUAGGAUUAGGUGAUGUUGUUAUUCCAGGUAGUUAUAUUGCAUUGUUAUAUCGUUAUGAUUUAUUUAAACAUCAUGAAUUGAUUCCUAAAGUCCAUUAUAGUUUUAUAAAUUCAUUUGAUCCAAGUUAUUUCCUAACUGGGAUAUUAAGUUAUAUUAUUGGAUUAAUAUUAACAUUUAUUGGAUUACAUUAUUCAAAUUUACCUCAACCUGCAUUAUUAUAUCUUUCACCAUGUUUAAUAAUUGGUACAAUAAUUUUAAGUUUAUUCAAAGGUGAAUUUAAAAGAAUUUUAUCAUAUUCAGAAGUUGAUAAAACUGAACAAAGUAAAAAACGUAAAUUUAGAAGAAAAUUAUUCAAAUUUAUUGAAAAAUUAAGUGAAAAAUCUAAUGACAAUGAUAAAUCAUCUGAAAAAGAAAAUGAAAACUCUAAAGGUGCCAAAGAUGAUGAACAAUUUGAUAUUGGAAGUUUAAUUAAAGCUAUUCAAGAAGUUGGUACGGAAUCAUCAAAUGAUACUAAAAGUAAAUCUGAUGGAAUUAAUUCAGAUGAAUCAACUGAAUCUCCAGAAAUUAUAGAAUUUCCAGAAAAUUAA